AUGCCAUUGAUUCAUGCUGUUGAUAUUUUUAUUGAUCUUUAUCGUAAUUCGGUUGCAAAAUUACGGUGAUUCGUGUUUCGGAAUUGCUUUUUUCGUGAUGUGACUCGAGUUGAUGGUCUGAAGCUUUUGCAAUUUUGUUGAUCUGUAUGUGUUUUUGUGUAUGAACAUGGAGGUGUUCUUGCUGGACUAGGGAGGAAGGUUUAGGUGAUUGAGGAAAGUGAGAUUUAAUGCUUAAUUGCUUGAAUUUUGAUGAGAAAACUAGUAAUCGGAUGUGGAUUUUGAUUAAAGUGAAUCUUGUCUGCAGGUUAUUUGCUUAAAUCUUAUAUUUUUUUUUGUUUGAGGAAAUUGGAUAUUUGGAUGUGAAUUGAGCAUCGGAUAGUGAUCUGAUAUUGUCUUAAGCCGAUCUUUGUGUGUCUACUAACUUUGACUAGCUCUGUUUGUAAAGGAUUAUGGAUUUGGUAAUUUGUUUUCUUUAGUUGUUUCAAUUAGUAAUUGUUGUGAUUAAACACACACAGAGUGUUCGUUUUUGCAAUAUCUUUCCUCAAGAGAUUCCUCUCGUCAUGUAAUAAAGAUCAAAGAUAUGAUAUGGGAUCGAUCCCACCCUCCUAAUGCUAAAUAUUUUGCUAGUAACACUCUCACCGCUAACUGAAAGUUCUUGGUACAACAGUUAAUUUGUGCUUUGAGUAACUCCACAAUAAUGGACCAGGAUACUUGUGGAACCCCCGUCUUUUUUUAAAUAUUGGCUUAAUUUUGGCAUGGAAGCUUAGCAUUUUUGUUUCUUCAAUGAUUAUAUUCUUAAUGUGGUCUGAUAAUAUUGGGUUUUCCGGUUCUUUUAGAGUAGCAGAUUUUUAUGAUUUAAGACCAUGAAGCCAGGACUUUCUUCUUUGAAUCCCUACGCAGCAGCAUACAUUCCAAUCUCCAAGAGGGAGACAGAUGAUAGAACUUUUGUGACAACGAAAGAUUCUAGCCGCAGCAAUGAGUCAGUCUGGUUUGGGAACCCUCAAAAUUUUACCCAGAAUCAACACCAUAGCAAAGCUUAUCUUCAAUCUGAUGCCCCAGAUGAUAGAACUUUUGUGACAACAAAAGAUUCUAGCCACAGCAACGAGUCAGUCUGGUUUGGGAACCCUCAAAAUUUUACCCAGAAUCAACACCAUAGCAAAGCUUAUCUUCAAUCUGAUGCCCCAGGGACUGCAACACUCCAGAGUCCAAAGUCUUAUGCUGUAAAGAGCUACCCUGCCCAUGGCUCUUAUGGUUCAUCGUCGCAGAAUGUGAAUAAAGUGUCAGAAAAUGAAGACUUUGAUAUGGAUAUGGAAUUUCUCGGACUGUCAUUUCCUGGUAUAUCUGAUCAGUCCCUUAGUGAUGUUUAUUUGGCGAAUAGGGGUGACCUGGAUGCCACGAUUGACAUGCUGAACCAACUUGAGUUGUGUGUAGUCGAGUCUUCUGAAAGUCUUCCAGACACUUUGGACAUUGGAGAUGUUUCUGAAUCUGGGUUGGCAGGCAAUAGUGCAUGGAAGCUGAAGAACGUAGCAGGUGAAGCCAGCGGUUCACCCAAAUCGUAGAUCCCAAGCUCGUCUUCAGUUUUAUUUUGUGGAAAACAAAGAAAUGUCAGAUGUUUUACCCUUUUGACAUGUUUGGUUUUAUGAUUACAUGAAGUAUACAAAUAGAGGAUCGUCUCAUGGGUGAGGCGGAGGCGGAGGCACACAUAGUUUGACGAUACAUGGUUGUAUAGUUGUUAGAUGUUUGUGUUCCUAACUCUCAUGUUUUUAGACACCUUCAAGAUUUAUGAGCCAAAAAGCUCACACUGCAAUUUUCAUGCAACUCGGUUUAUUUUUUCCAAAUGAAAGUGAUUUGCAAUUUCCUUUGUCA